AUGUCUUUGACAUUAAAAUCUGACUGUGAUAAUGACUGUUCUGAAUAUGCAUUUCUCAAUAUAACAAGUAGCAAAUUUUCAUUCCCAACAGCAGGAGCUUUAUAUGUAAAUUUCUAUAAUUUAAUAAUUGACAGAAAAACUGUCAAUGGCCCGUAUAUGGUUUAUGCUACUGAUGAUGCAUCAGAAUCAUCUAUUUGUCCACAAUUAGAUUUUUUGAAUUUAAUUGAAAUUAAAAAGAAGGCAAAAUUUAAAGUUGAAAAUUCAACUUUUCAAAAUAUAAGAUAUAAUGUGCGGCAUGUUAUCAGUGCUGAGGGUACGAUAAACCUUUAUAAUACAAACUUUACAAAUAUAAAUACCUUUUUUUGUCCAGGCUGAUUCUCUGUAAUUAUGCUUUCAUGCAGCUCUUCGUGCUACAGCAGUUCAUUUAUAUAUGAAUCAGGUUAUGUUUCUUUAAAAAAUGGGUAUUUUAGCACCCUCAUAAGUUUUGCUUCAAGUUUUCUUGUAUCAGAAGGCUUCAAAAAUAUUGAAUUUAAUCAUGUCGACUUUUCAAAUAUUUUAGUCUUAGGAGAGUGAGAAAUUUCUUCUUUAUCCUUUGAAGGCUGCAAGUCAUUAUUAUGCAUUAAAGACUGUAAGCAAGCUGUAAUUACCAAUAAUAAAUUCAGUCAUAUUUUUACAGAAAAUGAUUUAAUCUUUAUUAGCAUUGAAAAAGAUUAUUCCAUUUUAAAAGACCAUAACACAAUUUUUAAUUUUAAUCAUAAAUAAUAAGGGUUUACAAAGUAUUAUCCAUCAAAUUUAAGGUUUUCAAGCUGAAAAAGCUGCAAUAUAUAAUCAAAACUGUAUAUAUGAGAUGAUUUUCAAUAGUUAUAUUUGAUAAUAAUCAAUUCAAUUAUACGUCUUCUGGGAAUAAUUUUUUUUCCAUAAAAUCUCAAUCUGAAUCUUCCAGUAUUUUUAUAAAAAAUUAUGAAAUAUCAAACAGCCUAUGCUCUUUAAAUAUAAUCAAUAUAGAAGGAACAGGGAAAAAUAUUGAAGCUGACAUUGAAAAUAUUUCAAUAAAAUAUUCAUUGUUUGAUCAUAUUAUAAACUCAAAGGAAACUAAAGUCCUGAAAAUAGCUUCAGUGCAUACUGAUACUUUGCUAACUCAGGCGGAACCAGAAAUAGCUGAAAAUAUAAGCUAUUCUAAUAAUCUUAUAAGAUUUGGGUUGAAACUGUAUCAUGAGCCAAUCGUUUCUUUUAUAAAUGCAUCUAAUGGUGAUAUUUCAAUCUGAAACAUCACAAUAAACAGCACAACAUUUAUUGACAGCCUAACUGAAUUGCAUUUUGCUGAUCUAAGAGACUUAGAUGAUCUUUCAAUUGAAAAUAUUGAAUUAGAAUGCUUUAUAGUUACAGAUGAUUUUACUUUAUCAAUAGAAAAUAGCAAAAAAAGUAUCUUUAGCAAUAUACAUAUCACAGACUGCAAAAUACUUGCUCAUAAUAUACUAUCAGCACAUUUUUUAAAUAUCAAGCUUGAUAUGAAUAAUUAUAACAGAGCUUUGCUUCAUUUAAGAGAAUGCAGAAACGCAACAAUUGAUUCUUCUUAUUUCAAUUCUAGCUUGAUUAGCACUGAAUCUCAAUAUAAAGAUUAUUCAUUUUUCGGAGUUUAUGAUACAAUAUUUGUAGACAGCAAUCUUUAUUUAAAUGAUUCUUCAAACUUCGGUGACUACCAUUUCAUAGAGUGCUCAUUUUUAAAUGCAUCUUUGAAUAAUGGCAGUGUAAUUACAGCUUACUUUAUAAGUGAAAAUAUGUCAAUUUUAACCAAGAAAUGCGAUUUUCUAUUAAAUGGGCAAUACCAAUUAUAUAUAAUAGGCGGAAACUACCAUGAUAUUGAUAGCAGUUUUAAAGAAAACCAUUCAGUUUUUUACGCCUAUCAAAAAAAUGACAAUUUUAAUAGUACUUAUUCAUUUCAAGCUUUUAUUUUUUCAGUCAAUAUGGAAUCCUACGCAAGUAGCUUUGAUUCUUGUGAUGAAUAUGAUUCAUAUAAUGACGAAUCAUUUUUUGAUGCAGAUAUAGAUGAUGCUAUCGCAGAAGUAGAGACUUGGGAAGAAGAAAUUCGCAUGAUGGAAAUAGAGGGAGAAGAUGAAGUCUCAUAUUGCCAAGGAAAUUGGGAGGAAGAGCUAGCUUCCAGCCUGGGAAGUAGCGGAUUUAAUUAG